CUUCAUAGCCAUAUCCCGGUUAUAAAAUCAAAGGCUAUUAUGAAUUAAGGUGUGAAACUUGUCACAGUAACUGAUGCUUCUAUUUUGCAGAUUUUUGGGGCAGUAUGGCGACACGGAAGUGACUCUGAACGUGUCCAAAUAUAGCUGUGGUGGCGAGAACACCAUCCAGUACUUGGAACACGUGGUCGUUAUAAUUCAGGCCAGGUUUGACAGGCGUGGUUAUCUUGAAGGGUAUUUGACCUCGCCUCGAGGGACCACAUCCCAGAUCCUUCCCUAUCGUGCAAAUGACGUAAUUGCGACAGAUUUCAAUAAUUGGCCGAUGCUCAGCCUGCAGUUUUGGGGAGAAAAUCCUGAAGGGACUUGGAACCUAAGGUUCAGGAGCCAUUUUCCAGCCCACGGAUUUUCAGGUUAUUUGUUUAAUUGGACCCUUGUUCUUUACGGAACGGCUAGUGAUCCGUUGGAAAAGAAUCUUCAUGAAUCAAGACCUUUCACCACGAGGAUAACAGACGUGACCACAAGUACAGAAGCCAUGCCGGGUACUGUUGCUCCUGUUGCUCGCCAUGAAGGCUUGUCUAAGACAGAAAUAGCUUUGAUCAGCAGCGCCGCCGUUCUUGCUUUGAUUAUUGUUAUUUUAGCUUUGGCUUAUUGUAAGUUUGGAGUUUGUCGACGAAAAUCAGGGGCCGAUGAACCAUCCAACCACAUCAAAUUUUCAGCAUUAAGUCGCACUUCGACAGAAGCUGCAAGGAAAGAAUCUAUGCAAAGUGUUUAA